ACCGAAGAAGAAGAAGAAGGCGGUGACAGCUUCCCGGAAGUGGAGCAUGUAACGUUUUGUGUCUUCUGGCUUGUGAAGUGACGUGUGCACAAAACCUGGUCAAUGGUAGCGAAAAACACCUAGCACCCCUAGUUGGAUGCUACCGUACCGCUACAUAUUUUUAUAUUGUACUGUUUAGAUAUUAUAAAUAUAUUUAUCACCAACUCGUAGUAAGUUACGGCGAACUAGAAGCAAAAUGUCAGCAAGUGCGGUUUACGUGUUAGACCUCAAAGGCAAGGUUCUGGUUUGCCGUAACUACAGAGGAGAUGUGGACAUGUCAGAGAUUGAGCACUUUAUGCCCAUCCUCAUGGACAGAGAGGAGGAGGGUAACUUAUCCCCUAUCCUGGCCCAUGGAGGUGUCCGCUUCAUGUGGAUCAAACACAACAACCUGUACCUUGUAGCAACGUCUAAGAAAAAUGCUUGCGUCUCAUUGGUCUUCUCUUUCCUCUACAAAAUUAUUCAGGUUUUCUCAGAGUAUUUUAAGGAGUUGGAAGAGGAGAGUAUCAGAGAUAACUUUGUCAUCAUCUAUGAGUUGAUGGAUGAGUUGAUGGACUUUGGCUACCCCCAGACCACUGACAGCAAGAUCCUUCAAGAGUACAUCACCCAAGAGGGGCACAAGCUAGACACGGGGGGCCCGCGCCCCCCUGCAACCGUCACCAACGCAGUGUCCUGGAGGUCAGAAGGCAUCAAGUACAGGAAGAACGAAGUCUUCCUGGACGUCAUUGAGUCUGUUAAUCUUCUGGUCAGUGCGAAUGGUAACGUGCUGCGCAGUGAGAUCGUGGGCUCCAUCAAGAUGCGGGUGUUCCUGUCAGGGAUGCCCGAGCUGCGUCUGGGGCUCAACGACAAAGUUCUCUUUGAGAACACUGGCCGAGGGAAGAGUAAAUCAGUGGAGCUGGAGGACACCAAAUUCCAUCAGUGUGUGCGUCUGUCCCGCUUUGAGAAUGACCGCACCAUUUCUUUCAUUCCUCCCGAUGGAGAGUUUGAGCUCAUGUCCUACCGCCUCAACACACACGUGAAGCCCCUGAUCUGGAUAGAGUCGGUGAUAGAGAAACACUCCCACAGCAGGAUCGAGUACAUGAUCAAGGCUAAGAGUCAGUUCAAGAGGCGGUCCACAGCCAACAAUGUGGAGAUUCACAUUCCAGUUCCCACAGACGCCGACUCGCCCAAGUUCAAGACCACGGUGGGCAGUGUCAAGUGGAUCCCAGAGAACAGCGAGGUCGUCUGGUCCAUUAAGUCAUUCCCGGGGGGUAAGGAGUAUCUGAUGAGGGCACACUUCGGUCUGCCCAGUGUGGAAGCAGAGGACAAGGAGGGGAAGCCCCCCAUCAGUGUCAAGUUUGAGAUCCCCUACUUCACUACUUCUGGCAUCCAGGUGCGCUACCUGAAGAUCAUUGAGAAGAGUGGCUACCAGGCUCUGCCAUGGGUUCGAUACAUCACACAGAACGGGGAUUACCAGCUCCGAACCCAAUAGAAACUGCAGCAGGAAAGGGAAAGGCCCAUAUUUCUAUGGAUGGAACAUUGUUGGUCACGGAUGUGUAAUUACUUUUAGUCCUUUGUCAUGGAAAUUUGUUGUCAAUUGACUUCAUUUGUUUUCUUUUCAAGUUUGAAGUUUGUUUCAUGUUUAGUGCCAUAAUACAGAAAUUAUAUUCCUCUGAAAAUUCUAAAUAUGUUUUUAUUUGGUUACAGUUGUGCUCUAAAAGUAGUGAGAUGUAUGAUAUUUCUAUAGUAGGUCAGUUGCAGAUAAUGAAUACAAUUGUUGAUACUCUACUUACCUCUUUUCCAUCUAAAUCACCUGCUUGCAAUGUGGUCAUAUAUUUUAAAGGUCAAUUUCAGGUGUUACAAGUUGAGUGUGACCAACGAACCAGUGAAGUGUUAUAAGAAGUUUAAUGUGAAUUUACACACAGCGUUCUUCAUUUGUCUGUUUUCCUGAUUACUUAGUGAUAGCCUGAUGCAAGGCUGAAAAAGCUCUUCAAUAUAUCGUCUGGUCCGGAAUCAUCGGACAUCAGUCUGUAUGGCUGUUAAUAUGAGAAUAAGGUGCAUUGGUACAUUUGUGCAGAUCGAAGUGAGCACUAAAAAUGGUCAAACUAUAAUAAAAUAUUUGCCACCAG